UUUAUGCCGAUGCUCGUCACCGCCAUCUUGUUGCAACUCCUCUGCGCGAGUGGAAAGAGUUUGUACGAGGGGAUCCAGCCACGACUCUUUUCUUUUUUUUUUAUGUUUCUGGUGCGUCCGGUGGAUCCCGCAGGGAAGUUUAAAGUGCCCCUUUAUCACACAUUUUCUUUAUUAUCUGGAGUAAAACAGUUGCGCACCAGAAAUGAGCAUCGAGACACUGUUAGAAGCAGCCAAGUUCUUGGAAUUGCAAGCCCAGCAACAACAGAAAACACGUGAGGAGAAUGAGUUGAGGGAGCGGCUCCGUCAGGAGCAGGAGGCGGAGCAGAGGAAGAGGACGGAGGCGGCGGCGGCGCAGGCCGUGCGGGUCAACAACCACCACCACCAUCACCACCACGUCACCUGGGUGGAGGAGCCCAGCGGCCCGGAGCGCCGGCUGGCUCCACUCCCGCCCCAGCUCCAGCCGCCCCCUCCCUCGCUGCCCAUAGCGGUCAUCCCCAUCCCCGUGGUGCCUUCCGCCCCCAACCCCCAGACCGCCUUCCUCCCGGCCCCCAACACAGCACGCAGUCCCCCCACCGUGCACCAUCAGCAGCAGCAGGGCUCCCCGAGGAAAGACGCCCGCAGCCCCCCCACCAACCAGCACGGCCACCCGCUGCACGUUCUCAUCUCGCCCCAGCCCGAGUCCGAGCCCGCCUCCUUGACCCACUCCCUGUCCGCCGCCAACAAGCACCAGCAUCAGCAUCAGCCCCACCUGGUGCAGUCCUACCCCGGGACCAUCGUCAGCGCAUCCCAGCAUGCCAUGCCCCCUCAGCUGGGGUCCCCGCAGCAGGCGCAGGCCAGCCCGGUGUCCAGAGGCAGUCCGCCGGACGACGGUCGCCACGGGGACGGGAAGAAGAGGCCCGGAGGGGCAGGGACCAGAGAGGUGCAUAACAAGCUUGAGAAAAACAGACGGGCCCACCUGAAGGAGUGCUUUGAGACCCUGAAGAAGAACAUCCCCAACGUGGACGAGAAGAAGGCGUCCAACCUCAGCGUUCUCCGCAGUGCCCUCCGUUACAUCCAGACGCUGAAGCGUAAGGAGAAGGAGUUUGAGCACGAGAUGGAGCGUCUGGCGCGGGAGAAGAUCGCCACGCAGCAGCGGCUGGCCGAGCUCAAAAACGAGCUGAGCCAGUGGAUGGACGUGCUGGAGAUCGACCGGCUCCUCCGCCAGACCGUGCAGCCCGAGGACGACCAGGCGUCCACCUCCACAGCCUCAGAGGGUGAAGACAACAUUGACGACGACGACGAUGAUAUUGAGGAGCAAAGUCCGUCUGCUUCACCCACCCUCAAAGUGCCUCAAGCCCCUCAGCCUGAGCCCAGAAAAGCCUCGCCGGUCCCCGCCAGAGCCGCCCUGCUCACCACCAACAACCACCACCACCACCACCACCACAACCACCACUCCCCCACCACCGUCCAGCACAAGCUCCCGCCCCAGCUGGCCCUCUCCGCCGCGGCCCUGACCGCGCCAGCCAAGGCCCAGGCCCUCGUUCCGGUCUCGGUCUCGGCCGCGGUGCCCACCACCAUCCCCAGCCCGGUGGCGGCCCUCAGCCCGGUCACCAGCUCCCCGCUCCAGGCCCAGACGCUGAUGGCCCCGCAGGCGCUCCUGGCGGCCCACGCGCACAUCGUCGCCGCGCCCGGCGCCAGCAACGGCAUGGGCGCCCUCAACAACGGCAUGGCGGGCCUGGUGCAGCCCACCGUCAUCGCCCACGCCGCGCCGGUCUCCCACGCCUCCGUCAUCCAGGCCACGGUCAACCACAUCAUCCAGCCGGCCGGCAAGCACGCGCCGCAAGUGCUGCAGCAGCAGCCCGGCCAUCACGCCCAUCCCGGCGCCCAGCAGCACGCCACCCUGGCCCACCUGGCGCCCUCGCCCGCCACCCUGGCCCACCUGGCGCCCUCGCCCGCCACCCUGGCCCACCUGGCGCCCUCGCCCGGCGCCACGCCGCAGCCCAUCGGCCACAUCACCGUGCACCCGGUGGCGCACCUGAGCCAGCAUCACCUGCCCACCCUCUACCCGCAGACCGUGGCCGUCACCCAGCCGGCCAUGGUCAGCCACAUUGCCCACACGCUCUCCCACGCCCAGGUCAACGGGGCUUCGCCGGGGCAGAUGGGUAAGCCGGCGGGAGCCCAGGUGGUCGCCCACCACCCACAGCUGGUGGGCCAGACGGUGCUCAACCCCGUCACCAUGGUGACCAUGCCCUCCUUCCCUGUCAGUACACUGAAGCUGGCCUGAGGUGGACGAGGAUGAUGAUGGUGACAAAGACACAGAUUUGAGAUCUGUGACGACGGGGUAGAGGCAUCAGAGGCCCGCAGUUUGGGGCCCAACCCCUCCCGCCCCCUGCUGACGCGAGAGCCUGUGGUUGGUCGCAGCGCGAACCCACUUUGGAAUCAGUCGAGGCUUCGCCGCUGUAAAGAACACUCAGUACAUUCCAAAUAAAUAUACACACAUGCACAAAAUACACAACUCUAUAAAGAACUAUAAGAAAGACUUUAAUAAUUAAAAUACGAAAAAAAAAAAAAGAAUUUAUAAAUAUCUAUAGCUAUAUAUUGACUUGAUAAAAAAAAAAAAAUGUGUUUAUGUGUGUGUGUGGGUGGGUAGAGCAAGGGUAUGUUGUCUCGAGUGAUUGUUUGCUACUUGCUGUGCGUAUUAGCUUGUGAAAUCAUGGGUCAUGAAUUCUGAGUGACAUGUAGCCCCACCAAAUUCCCGGAGAAGGUGCAGUGUUGUCCCGUCUGUGGACACGCGCGCCUCUGCGGUCUCAUUGCCUUGACGUAUACCAGUGCACAUGAAGUACCCCAGACACAAGAGAGACGCAGGCCACGCUUUAAAGCCUCACAGAUACUAUAUGCCUCACCUGAUCGACCCGACGGGUGUUCUUGGUGUUGCGUUACGCCGUAAUUACUGUGGUUCGAGGUCCACAGUUUUUUUUUUUUUAUUGUUCGUCGUGUCACUGUCGGGCACACAAACCUUGCUAUAUCACGUUUCGGCGCGACCGCUCAAAAGAAGCCCCCUUUAAGACGUUCAGAUUUCUGUCCGUAUAGCUCUUGAGAAUCACCUUGGGCAAGGAUCUGUGGUCCUGUCUCACCAUCCUCGGCCAGACGUCCCGAGGAGGUUUAACGUGGGGAUCCCCAGUUGGCGGCAGUGCCGUGUUUGUUGCCUUUCAGUGCCUCCGGUGCUCUAGUGUUACAUGUUGCACUUCCGCCCUCUGCUGUCCAGCCUGGUCCACUGCCGCUACUCCCCACUGUGAGACAGGGCAUUUCACCAGUACUCAUUCCCCAAGCACACCACUGGUGUGGAGCAAGAUCAUGGCAUUGAAAAAGAGCAUUCGGUAGUAUAUCAUGACACAAAAAGUGGUGUCGGUCCCAGAUGGACGUUGUGAAUGUAUAUAAAAAAAAAACGAUUAUUUACUGCAUUGCAUCGUAUGCCUUUUGUCUUUGCAUCAUGAAGAAAUUUUAGGAAUUAUUUGGUGUGAGUGGAGGAAAAACACUGGCAAUCAGAUUUUGAAAAGCCUAGAAAAAAAAGAAGAAAAAAAAAGAUAAUGUCCCUCAUACUUGGUGAAUGUGUUAAGCUUGUAGGCUUUUUGUGGUGUGGGCACUGUGGUUGACCUGCAUGUGUUUGAUCAUGUGCUGUCGUAGCGAGUAGUAGCGUGUGUGUGUGUGUGAGUGUGUGUGAGAGAGAGAGCUGUUUCCAGGAGCUGGCGACAGUGCACCAGCAGAGCCCUGGAGCUUGUGUACGCGAAUGUUGACCGACUCGGUUCACCCAGGGAAACGUUUUUCGCACCGUAGUGCGGAUGAAGAAUGACCAUAGGGGUGAGGUUGGUCAUCUGCUCACGUUUGUGAACGCAACGCAACUCAAGUCACAAGUGUAUUGUGACCGAGCACCUCAUCACAUCUCCCAAAAAGUAUCAAACUGUCACCUGUAGAACUGUGUGUGUGUGUGUGUUGGUACUGUAAUGUUCCGCACGAGGGUCCUGACCGCACACACUCCUCUCCCAGUGCCGCCUGUGUCCGCCAGAGUGACAACGGAUGAAGUAUGAAUGGCUGACUGGGUGAAUGGCGUCGACUUUAACUCUGGCGAAUGACUGAAUGAAUGGCGCUGUGGUCAGAAGCCCGCAUUAGUAUUCCAUUCCAUAAGGGGCGCAGCGGCACGCCCGGCCCACGGCGCCCUCUGGAGGAGGGAGGAGGGAGCGGUCCUCUCCAACACUGUGAUGUUGCUGCUCCUCGGCCCCGUGACGAGCAAAGACACGUUUACAGCUGUACCAUUUCAACUGGCAGAAAAAGUUCCCUUCAUUUUAUGCUUGAGCGUGUGCGUGAGAAAUGGUGAGAAUAUUUUAAGACAUCUUUGGCUACAUUUUUUUUUCUAUGUAUGCACAUCUAGGCAUAUGAAAGCAUUCACCUUCAAAUUUAUGUAUUUUAACCUGCCUGGUUUCGCAUGUAGUUUUGUUGUAAUGUUUUUUUUUUUUUUUUUUUCUGGGACCAUGUACAGUACUGUAUACAAUGGGGCAACUUCUCAGACCUCUUUCCACAUUGAUAUUAUAUAUACAUAAUGUGUGUUUUCCCUAUGGAGAAAGUUAAAGUUGUAUAUAGCCUGUAGACUCGGGGCUGCAUUUAGAUCUAACUGUCCAUUAUGUUUAAGAGAACUGUAUGAGGAAAAAUGCGAAAAAUUAAUACAAGAGAACAAAAGAUAAGAAUCCUUAAUAAAUCUUGUUACGUUUAA